UUUUGCAUCAGGCUCUGGAGAGGGCGCGCCUAGCACAAGGGUCCUCUGGGCAGCGGGAGACCAACGCACGGGAGAGAGCGAUGGCGGCCGGGCAGGGCGGAUGUCUGGGGCCGGCGAUUGGGCUGCGGUUACUCCUGGCCGCUGUGCUUCAAGCGGUGUCUGCAUUUGGGGCAGAGUUCUCAUCAGAGGCAUGCAGAGAAUUGGGCUUCUCCAGCAAUUUGCUCUGUAGCUCCUGUGAUCUUCUCGGACAAUUCAACCUGCUUCAGUUGGGUCCCGACUGUGGCCGAUGUUGUCAAGAAGAAGCACAGUUUGAAACCAAAAAGCUCUAUGCAGGAGCUAUUCUUGAAGUCUGUGGAUGAAAAUUGGGGAGGUUCCCUCAAGUCCAAGCUUUUGUCAGGAGUGAUAAACCCAAACUCUUCAGAGGACUACAAAUCAAGUAUGUUCGUGGUUCAGACCCUGUACUAAAGCUCCUGGAUGCCGGCGGGAACAUCGCUGAAGAGCUCAGCAUCCUCAAAUGGAACACAGACAGCGUAGAAGAAUUCCUGAGUGAAAGAUUGGAGCGCAUCUAAAUCUUCUGUCCUCAUCGUCGAUUUGUUACCUUAUCCCAGGAAAUAUUCUAGCACCCAGAAAACCACUUGAGUCUUGCUCCCUUCCAUUUCUUGACCAAUGCUCCUGUGAGGCAUAAAGUUUCGAAUCAGAAGCCAAAGUGCCCUCACUGCCUAUCGUAAAUAUCUAAGAAGCUGGCAUGGUUAACAAGAUCCAUUCUUUAUGAAUCGUUAGCCCCCUACAUUUGUUGAUGCCACUCCCAAAGUGCUUCACAAUAGACUUGUGGUUAAUUAUGCAGAUGAUAGUUUCUGAUAAUUGGUCCAGUUUUACGAACAACAGAUUUUUUUUUUUUUUUAAUUCAGUAGGCUAAUAAGGGAGAUGAUCGCUAUAAGCUCCAUGUGCCCUGUGCUCUUCCAAGUAAUGACAGAAAACUACAAAGGAAGCUCCCCUGAGCCUCAGCAGCUUGCCUGCUUCUCCGGUCCCCUCCUAUUUUUAUAUCACUCAGCUUUUCUUUCACUAGAAACACGACAGUUUUCAAUGCAUUGUAGGAAGACUCUCUAGCUUCACCAUUAUGAAGCACACACACAGUCUCCACUAAUAGCAGUACUCACAAAGGUUUGCAUCCAUGAAGGCUACAUAGAAAACCUUACUGAGGAUUUGUGUAGAUCUGAUGCUCAGCAAACUUCUGUGUUUUACAGUCUUACCCAGAGAAUCAACUUAAAAAUCAUUAUUUCUAAAACCAAAAUAUAAAUAAAAAAGCUUUAAGCAAU